AUGGCCAUCUCAUCCAACGGACCCAUUACCAAUGGCGCUAUUUCUGCUGACCCUCUCUUGAAUGGAAAUGACCGGAACCCGGUUGUCGAGUCCACCAUACCGCAUCAACCGAAACCAAACACACCUGAACCCAUCGCAAUUUGUGGACUUGGCCUUCGCCUCCCGGGUGGUAUUCAAAACGGUGAGGAUUUCUGGGACCUGCUAAUUAACGGCAAGGAUGCCCGGAGUGAAAUUCCUGCAAGCCGGUUUGCCAUCGAUGGCUUCGAUGCCUCGCUGUCCGGCCAAGGAGCUAUCCCUACGAGGCACGGCUAUUUUCUCAACGACGAUCUUGCUCGUCUCGACACAUCCUUUUUUUCCUUGUCCAAGAGCGAGAUUGAGCGCUGCGACCCACAACAGCGGCUGCUUCUCGAAGUUGUCCGAGAGACCUUCGAGGAUGCGGGUGAAGUCAACUACCGCGGCCAGGCUAUCGGAUGUUACGUCGGCACCUUUGGCCAAGACUGGUACGAGAUGACGACGAAGGACGUGCAGAGCAUGGGUAACUAUUCGAUGAUGGGGUCUGGGGACCUUGUUCAAGCCAAUCGUGUCUCAUACGAGUUUGACUUGCGUGGCCCAAGUUUGGUCGUCAAGACCGGUUGCUCGGCCUCGCUUGUGGCGCUCCACGAUGCAUGCCGGGCAUUGCAGUCAGGAGAUACCUCGGCCGCCAUUGUUUGCGGCACCAGCCUCAUCAUGACUCCAACUACCACUGCCGUAUUCUUUAACGAGGGUGUCCUAUCUCCAGAUGCUUCUUGCAAAACAUUUGACACCGCCGCGAAUGGCUUCGCGCGAGCUGAGGGCAUCACGGCUGUUUACAUCAAACGCCUUGACGAUGCCCUCCGUGACGGAAACCCCAUCCGAGCCGUGAUCCGCAACACCGGCUCCAACAACGAUGGUAGAAAUCAGGGCCUUACUAGUCCUAACGGGGAAGCCCACGAAGCUCUUUUGCGGCAGGUCUACCAGCAAGCGCGCUUAAAUCCGUCCGAAACCGCUUUUGUCGAGUGCCAUGGGACCGGUACCCCAGUAGGUGACCCAACAGAAACACGAGCAGUUGGCAACGUCUUUGGCAACAACGGCGUGUACAUCGGCUCGGUAAAGCCCAACGUGGGCCACUCGGAGGGCUCCUCCGGGCUCACAAGCUUGAUCAAGGCCGUUCUCGCGCUGGAACACCGCACCAUCCCACCGAACAUUAAGUUUCAAAAUCCUAACCCGCAAACUAACUCAGCAAUAUCACUGCGCAAGCACAUGGAUUCUUUCGAAAAAUAUGCGACUGAACAUCCAAACCGCUCCAGGAAUGCUGCUUACACGCUUGCUCUGCAUCGGGAGCAUCUUCCGCACAGAGCUUUUGCCAUUAUUCGGGACGGAAAGGUUUGUGAGAUGUCGACGCAAACCAAGGCCGUGGGAUCUGCCCCCCAGAUCACCAUGGUAUUCAGUGGACAGGGGGCACAAUGGCCCCAGAUGGGCCGGGAGCUCAUUCUAACCAGCGCCUCCUUCCGAGAGGAUAUCAUCCACAUGGACGAAACUCUGCAGGGCCUACGAAUCCCCCCCAAGUGGUCAAUCCUCGGUAUGUUUAGAUGUAGCCAGGCUGAAGAGAUGCCGUUUAUUGUUAUCAAUACUAAUUUCCAAGCAGACGAAAUUCUUAAACCUGAGGAGGCAAGCCAAAUCCACCGCGCAGAGCUUGCACAGCCAUUGUCCACGGCCUUGCAGAUUGCCCUGGUUCGCCACCUUUGGCCAUCUCAGCAUUAUUCCCACGGCCGUCGUGGGUCACUCAAGUGGUGA